AUGGAGAAAUAUAAUAAGACUAUUGUGACUGAAUUCAUCCUUUUGGGAUUUGAGACAAUCCACUCUGUUGAGAUACUGAUCUUCAUUUCCUUCCUUGUUAUAUAUGCAUUGACCAUUGCUGGUAAUGUUACAUUAAUUGCACUAGUACUGGCCAAUCCCCAUCUUCAAUUGCCUAUGUAUAUUUUCUUAAUUAACCUUUCAUUCCUGGAACUCAUAAUCACAUCAACUGUCAUGCCUAAAAUGCUAAUAAAUUUUAUCACGGGGAAGAAGACCAUCUCCUUUGUGGGCUGCCUCACUCAGUCAUACUUCUAUUUCCUCAUGGGCUCAACAGAAUUCUUCAUUCUGACUGUAAUGUCAUUUGAUCGCUAUGUUGCAAUAUGCUACCCAUUGCGCUAUGCAUCCAUCAUGAACAGCAAUGCCUGUUUCCAGCUCCUUUUGGGAUCAUGGAUUGGUGGCUUCCUGAUUAUUCUAGUUCCCAGCAUUGUAACAGCUGGCCUUCCAUUCUGUGGCCCAAAUAUAGUCAACCACUUCUUCUGUGACAGCGCCCCCUUGCUCAAGCUUGUCUGUGCUGACACAUCAUUGGCUGAAAAGGUUGAUUUUGGGACAUCUUGCAUAUUGCUUCUGGGUUCCCUUCUUAUAACAGUUGUGUCCUAUAUUUAUAUUAUUGUUGCUGUCUUGAAGAUACCAUCAACACAAGGUCGACAGAAGGCUUUCUCGACCUGUGUUUCUCAUAUCACUGUGGUAUCAUUGUAUUACGAGAGCUCAAUUGUCAUUUAUGUACGUCCGACCAAAGGGAAUGUUCUGGAUUUCAACAAAAUAGGCACAGUACUGAACACAAUAGUGACACCCAUGCUAAACCCUUUCAUAUACUGUCUCAGGAAUGAAAAGGUGAAGGAUUGCCUGAGACUUUCAUUCAGUAAAAUCAUAAUGUUUCUUAAGAAAUGA